AUGAGAAACGCGCGUGAGGAAUCAACAGUAUGUCGUGUAUUACUAGACUCGGGAUCUCAAAGUAACUUUAUGUCUGAAUCUAUAUCUCAAACGUUAAAAUUAAAUAAAAAACGCGUCUCGUGUACAAUAAUCGGUAUAAACGAAUCAGCCCAUAAUGCAUCGUAUGUAGCAUCGGCUAAUAUUGAAUCACGUGUGUCCAACUACAAAGUAAAUAUCGAUUUUUACAUAUUACCACGCUUAACUGGGAACAUUCCGUUAUCUAAAAUCAACGUAUCUAGAUUUCAAAUUCCGGCUGAAUUUAAAUUAGCUGAUCUGUGUUAUAGUGAACCACAAAAAAUCGACGCUAUUUUAGGUUCGGAAGUAUUUUAUGAUUUAUUGCGUGCAAAUCAGUUUAAGCUUCCUCAAUCCAAUUUAAUUAUGCAAGAAACACAAUUGGGUUGGAUUGUAGCUGGAUCAACAGUAGCACGUGAAGAUAUCAGUAAAACUUCAACCGUCGCAUUAUGUACAAAUUUAUCGAAGCUCGAGGAACAAGUUUCAAAAAUUUGGCGCACAGAAGAAAUUGGUUCAAAGACAGUGUUCACAUUGGAAGAAAAGGCAUGCCAUAAACAUUUUGAAAAUACUGUGCAACGAGAUGAAAAAGGCAGGUUUGUUGUUCAGCUGCCAUUUCGAGACAAGGCAUCAAAAUUAAGUGAUUCUAAGUCAACAGCUACGUGGCGUUUCUGCGGUCUUGAAAAAAGAUUAUUAUCCAGCCCUCGACUCAAAAUUGAGUACUCAAAAUUUAUGAAAGAAUAUGAAGAUUUGGAACAUAUGACUAGAGUUGAGCCGUGUUCAAAUUCAAACAUCAAAGAAAGUUAUUAUUUACCUCAUCACGCGGUUUGGAGAGAGGACAGCGUAACUACUAAAUUAAGAGUAGUAUUCGAUGCAUCAUGCAAGACCACAUCGGGAGUCAGUUUAAAUGACGUCUUGCUAAAGGGCCCCUGCAUUCAGGAGGAUCUUAUAAAUUUAUUAACUCGUUUUCGUAAACAUAGAUAUGCAAUGACUGCUGAUAUUUCCAAGAUGUACCGUCGAAUAUGGGUCUCUCCAAAUCACAGAACCUUUCAGCAAAUAGUUUGGAGACUAAACCCCGAUCAAGAACUGCAUCGAUUCCAGUUAAAUACAAUAACAUACGGCACAGUUCCUGCAUCGUUUCUUGCGACCGCGUGUCUACAUCGUUUAGCAGACAAAGAAUCAAAUGUGUAUCCAGACGCUUACAACGCGAUUAAACAAGACUUUUACAUGGAUGAUUACCUGGGUGGUGCCGAGUCUUUACAGGAGGUAAUAAAAUUGCGGGACGAUAUCAUAGAAGUGUUACUAAAGGGUGGAUUCGAACUUAGGAAAUGGACAGCUAGUGAUCCCACACUUCUUACCGGUCUUGCAAACAAAGAAAACGAUCCGACAUUAAUCUUGGACUUAUCCGAAAAUUCAGCCAAAAUUUUAGGUCUUCGAUGGGAUCCGUCAGGUGACAUUUUUAAGUAUAAAGUAAAACUUUCCGAAAGAAAAACUAUUGUAACCAAACGUCAAAUAUUAUCAGAAAUAGCGACUAUUUUUGACCCGCUAGGUCUAAUAAGUCCUGUAGUUAUUAAAGCAAAAAUAAAAAUGCAACGUUUAUGGGCGAUGGGCAUUGGAUGGGAUGAAACAUUGCCAGAAGAGACAAUGUUGGAUUGGUACAACUUUCGUGAAAGCUUAUUAUUAUUAAACAAUUUAUUUAUACCGCGAUGUAUCGUAAUUCCUGGGCAAAUUGUAGAUGUCCAAAUACAUGGAUUUUCGGACGCGUCGAUUGAAGCGUUUGGCGCUUGUUUGUAUCUCGUAACAUUAAACAAUGAAGGCAAACGUAGCUCUCGUUUAAUUUGCGCUAAAUCACGCUUGGCGCCCCUAAAAUCGAUCUCGCUACCACGCACAUAG